UUACAUACGGCUAAACUUUUCAAAUCGCAGAAUAAACUUACAUAAAUAUUUAAAGUUCUACACAUAAAUUCAAAUUUUUAUAAUUUAAAAUCUGUUUGAAAUUAUCGGACAAUAUUCAAAUGAAUCGAACAAAUUUGUUUAGAACAGAUAAAGAUGGAAUUUUUUAAAAUUAUUAUUUUCAUUUAUUUUCUUAAUUCUUACAAAGCUCAAAAUUCAGACUGGAAGUUACCAAUGGCCAGUAACAUUACCACCUUUGAGUACGUCAAAUUUGACAUUUUGACAACCAGAGAAUUAAACUUUAUGGCUUUCGGUAAAACUUUUAAAUUUAAAAUGAAACCUGAUUCAUCUCGAUUAUUUUGGACUGCAAAACUGUUUUCUUACGUGGAUAAUAACAUCAAAAAAUUCUAUUUACAAAAUGUCUUCUUCGACGGACAAAUACUUUUCGAAGGGCAUAUCGAAGGAAGAAACGAUAGGAAAGUAACAGGAUAUUAUUUACAAAAAGUAUUCGUCGGAAGAAUAAUUAUAAACAAUACAAUUUACUAUCUAGAGCCUGCCAAUCUUUAUUUUCCUCAAGCAGAUUCCAAGCUUGGUAUCAUAUAUGACCUUAGUAGUGUCAAUGAAUAUAUGUAUACACAACCAUCCUGCGAACGGUUAACGAAACAAAAUGUAAACGAUAUUAACAAUUUCCAUUCAUCAGAGCCUAACUACAAUAAUUUGCAAAAGAAAACUUUUCAAAGCAAAAUAUGUUCCAUGGAAGUAUUGAUUGACCACACGUACUAUCAAUACAUGGAAUCUGAUAUAAAAGCGGUACUACUUGAAAUCAUACACCUUAUAAGCAUUGCCAAUUCGAUAUUCAAGGAAUCAGACCUUGAUGGAACUGGAAAAUCGGGACUUAUAGAAUUCCUCAUAGACAAAAUAACAAUUUUCGAACAAAGAAUUCAAAUAGCGUAUCCAUAUUCAGACGAGAGCAGCGACAGUCCAGGAUUUAUAGAAAAGUUAAAAGAAUAUCAAAGUCCUUACUGUCUGUUAAUCUAUUUCACACACAAGGAUCUCGAAAUAGAAAACUUUUGCAGUAAUCGUAAACUCGGAAGAAUAUGCUCUAAUUCUUAUUCAAAAAGUAAAAUACACAACGUGAUAUUUAUUACGAAUGUUUUCAAAGGAAUGGAAAUUCCGCGACACAGAAUGGCAUUGACUCUUUUACAUUAUCUUGGACACGCAUUCGGAUGCCAAAAUAAUCCAGCAAAUGAUUCUUUAUGUAGUCCAGCACACUUUCAUAAAGAUGCGGGCAAUUACAUUAUGGAAUCUCGUUACACCAGCGGAGCACAUAUUAACAAUUGGAAAUUUUCAAGCUGCUGCAUAAAAUCCAUGAAUAAAUUUAUUAAAACCAGAGAUUAUUGUAUGAAAAAGGUAUUUGAUUCUUCGUGUCAAAACGGCAUCGUCGAAGAAGGUGAAAGCUGUGACUGUAAUCCCUCUGAUCGAAAAUGUGGGAAAACAAGUCUUUGCUGUUACGACAAACAAUACACCAUGCAUUGUACGCUUAGAUUGGGAGCGUUUUGCACAUUUGGAACCGACGAAUGUUGUAAUUACAACUGCUUCAGAACUACUUUGAAAGAGAAUAGAACUUGUUUCAGUAACAAGCCUUGAUGGAACGUUACCGGUAUUUGUGAUGGAUCUUCUCCUUUCUGUCCUGCACAAAUGCAACCCGAUGGUAUAUCGUGCCUAAAUAACACAGGCAUAUGUAUAAAAGGAAAGUGCAAUACCGAAAUAUGCAAAAUAAAAAAUCUACGAUCUUGUCAUUGUUCUCGUCGCACCGAGUGUUUUGUCUGUUGCAAAAAUAAAUCGAGUAAAUGUCUACCAGCGACGUCAUUUAACAUCUUCACGUCGACUUUGGAAGCUUACGUCAAAACAGAGGGUACUGAGUGCGACAACAAUCAUGGAUUAUGUACAAGUAACGGAACUUGCAAAAGAAAAAGUAUCUAUAAAGAACAUACAGUAGCGGAGUAUGCGUACGUAUUACCUUUCGUUAUGAUCAUAGUGAUUGCUAUUGGAUGUUUUGUAUCGCAGCAAGAGAAACGACCAAGCAUUAUAGACAUUAGUAGAAAACAUAUGAGUAAGAAAAAAAUGAUAAAAUUAAAAACCAUACAAAAGUAAUAGACUAUUAUUCAAAUUUUACUAUUAUGUGCUAUCAUAAUGUGGAAAUGUGGUGUGUAAAGUAUACUUUUCGAAUGCAAUUUUGAAUAUGUUUCUGUACUUACAUUUGAAUUAAUGAUUGAUUUUUGUGAAUAUAUUAUUUUUAAACUGUAGAAUUUAUGUACUGAAUAUUAUAAAUAUCUAUUAUUUUCAUCACAU